AUGUUCUUAUUCCCAUUAAUUUGUUCAUGUCUAAUUUUCUCGAUUUCAAAUGCGCAAUCAUCAUAUCCGCCUAAUAAUCUAACAGCUUCAGAACGUGGAACCCUUGUCGACAAUAAAAUUAUUUUCUUUGAUAGCGCAGACUUUCAACUUACACAUGCUUUUUCCUUGGAUCUUUCUGUAAGCUGGAACAUAUCAGCACCAGCCUUCACCAACCUCGAAGAUCUCCGUGCACCGACGUUUCGCUAUACUGCUUUUAGUGCAUUUAAAAGAGACAGUCGCACGCUAAUAUAUGCUUUUGGUGGAUUAAAUCCGAGCAAAGAUGAUGAUUGGUCUCAAGGAACUUUCAUAGAUGACUUUUAUGAAAUUGACAUAACGUCUCAUCCAAUUUUAAUUUCAAAAUUGCCUAUUACGUCCGAAGGUACACCAGGCGCGCGCUGCUUCUUUACUUCGGUUUUUGAUGACAAAGGAAAACUUUAUAUCUGGGGUGGAGAAACUCGAGCAACAACAGAUAAAGCCAUGUACAUAUUUGACACAUCUAAAUCGAAAUGGAGUCGAGUUUUUCCCUCUUCUGCCCCUGAACAAAGAUCGGGUUAUUCAGUGACUUUUAAGGACAACAAACUUUAUUUUAUUGGCGGCAUCUUUGCGAACAAACCCGAUCAAAAAUGUGUUGAUAUUCGCGAGAUUUUGAUAUACGAUACUCUCGAUACCAAUAAUCCUUGGACUACACAAAGUGCGACAAAUAACACAUAUAUAAGUGACCGUUAUGUUCACUCAGCCAUUUUAGCGCCUGAUAAGCAAGCCAUUAUCCUGUAUGGUGGCUCAUUAUCUGGUUAUUCAGGAGUGCCGCGUGAUUAUUUGCUUGCUUUAGACCUGCAAACAUUUAAAUUUUCAGUGCCUGUAACUCAAAACGAGCCUAAAAUUGACGAUGUAUCAGAUCAUCCUACAGCU